CCCGAAGGCGCGGCAGCUCGAGACAAGGGCGUCCCGCGCACCUGGGUCGGCUCGGGGGGCUGUCGCAAAUCCGCACGUGGCCUGGCCUGCUCUAGGGCCCCUCAGGGCUCGGCCCCGAGCGGGGGCUGCGGGGGGGGGGUCCCCCGAGGCGCAUGUUUUCCACAGCGCGUUAUGUUUGGAGCCGGCCCCGCGCCGCCUGUCGCCAUGGAAACAAAACAGGGGCGGUGGCGACGGCCGGAGCGAGGCCGGGCUAGGACCUGGAUGGGGGGAGGGGAGGUGGGCUCGCGGGCUGUUGCCUUGGUAACGGGAACGGAGGCGCCCCCCUGCUUCAUCCGGGUCACGGCCUGUCAACCAGCACCCCCGGUCUUCCCAGUGUGGCCCCCUUUCCUGGUUGACCCAUCCCCAGUGCCCUUUUCCUCUUUCCCUAUUUCUUCGACCUCACUGACCACUGCUUUAGACUCUCCCUCCGGUUCCCCUUGAACACUUGCAGGUUUUCCUAGGAAUGAGGGAACAUGGAGGCACCGGCACGCCAGGGGACCCGCACCCUAACAAAGCGCACUCGCCCUGUCAGAGCGGCCUGCCUCAUGCCCUGUGUGCAUCCCGGGGCACUAGAGCGAGCUGGUUUCCACCACUCCCUUGGCAUCCUCUCGUGCCAGCUGUGGAAUAAUGCCCACUGUGGAGCACUGCCGUGCCAGGGGUUCCUGCCUUCCCCAGCUGUGACUUCCAGAAAGCAGUAGCAUUUAGUAGUGGUCCCCAACAAUGAGGUGCCAGGAGAGAGGGAGGCAGCGGGGCGAGAGGCCCAUUAGGAAGAGGCAGGAGGCAGGGAGGCCUCCGGGGCUCUUCCCUGGUGCCCUUGGUUCCCGGAGCUGGGGAUGCCUCCAGGGUGAUUGGCAGCUCUUUGUUUCAGCCCCCCCUCACCCGCCUGCUGGCCCCCCCUUCAACUCCCCCUUCCAGUCCCUCCGCCCCCCGCUCCUGCUCUCUCCGCCUAGCCUUUUCCCCUCCCAGCCGCCUGCCUGCCAGGGGUAGUGAGCCGGCUGAGCGGCAUGGAGACACAGGGACUUCGGGGGGCCCUGGCUCUUCUCGUCCUUUGCACUGUCUCGUCAGCCAGUCAGGACCUGCAGGGUAAGCCUGUCUCCAUCCUCUUCCACCCCUCUGCCUCCUCCCCAUCUGCUCCCAGCCUAGUAGCAGGGAACAUGUGGGCAAGGGGAGAAGGGGAAAGUCCUGAAAUUGAGCCGGAGAGACGAGUUGAAUUACGGCCCUGUGGGGAGGAGUGAACACGAGGGUGGGAGGUGAGUGGGACCUGGGCAGGGUCAGCGUGAGGCCAGGGCCCAGGUCUCAGGAGCUGGAUGCUAGCGCUGCCUGGCUGGGCCGGUGUCUGAGCGUUCACAGGCACCCGGGGUCUGGGACAGCAGCGUGAAGGUGGGUGCCCUGGGGCUUCUCCGUCCCCUAGGCUGCUGCCUGCCUAAGGACAGGGUGGGGGUGGGGACUGAGAGGUCUGGGCUCUCCCGGAGGUCUGGUGGUGGGAUGGGCCUGUGGGUGUGGGAGAGGUAGCUGGAGCAGAUGACACAGGCACAGAUUCUUGACUGGCUGGAAGGGAAACCACAGAUUGGCCGGGACACGGGAGGCAGAGGAGCUGGGUCCUCCGUUCCCGAGGGAGAGAGCCAGACAGCGGGAGGGUCGGAGCCCUCGGUGGGCAGCAGUUCUCGUCCAGAGCGAGUGUGCUGAGCCCCCAGGAUAAGAGGAGGGGCGUUCGGAUGUGGGAUGAGCCCAAGCCAGCGGUGUAAAGAGAAGCUGCCUGCCCGGUUCUCAGUGGGCACCAGGUGCUACUCCUACCGGGAUCGGCGCCGUGACUCCCGUGCGCCACCUGGUGGGAACAUCUCAAGUUUGUGAGGCGCUGUUUCUGUAUUUUCAAUGAUUGACCUGCUGACUGUGGGCGAGUCCCGGCAGAUGGUAGCUGUGGCAGAGAAGAUCCGGACAGCCUUGCUCACGGCUGGGGACAUCUACCUCCUGUCUACCUUCCGCCUGCCCCCCAAGCAAGGUGGCGUCCUCUUUGGCCUUUACUCUCGCCAAGACAACACACGAUGGCUGGAGGCCUCUGUUGUGGGCAAGAUCAACAAAGUGCUGGUGCGGUACCAGCGGGAGGAUGGCAAGGUCCACGCAGUGAACCUACAGCAAGCAGGCCUGGCCGACGGGCGCACGCACACGGCGCUCCUGCGACUCCGAGGCCCGUCCCGCCCCAGCCCUGCCCUGCAGCUCUAUGUGGACUGUAAACUGGGCGACCAGCACGCUGGCCUUCCGGCACUGGCCCCUAUUCCUCCAGCGGAGGUUGAGGGGCUGGAGAUUAGGACUGGACAGAAGGCUUAUUUGAGGAUGCAGGGCUUCGUGGAAUCCAUGAAAAUGAUUCUGGGCGGCUCCAUGGCCCGGGUUGGGGCCCUGAGUGAGUGUCCGUUCCAGGGGGACGAGUCCAUCCACAGUGCAGUGACCACCGCACUCCACUCCAUCCUAGGGGAGCAGACCAAGGCGCUGGUCACCCAACUCACCCUGUUCAACCAGAUCCUGGUGGAGCUACGGGAUGAUAUCCGAGACCAGGUGAAGGAAAUGUCCCUGAUCCGAAACACCAUUAUGGAGUGUCAGGUGUGCGGCUUCCACGAGCAGCGUUCCCACUGCAGCCCCAACCCCUGCUUCCGAGGCGUGGACUGCAUGGAAGUGUACGAGUACCCGGGCUACCGCUGUGGGCCCUGCCCCCCUGGCCUGCAGGGCAACGGCACCCACUGCACCGACAUCAAUGAGUGUGCUCACGCCGACCCCUGCUUCACGGGCUCCAACUGCAUCAACACCAUGCCUGGCUUCCACUGCGAGGCCUGUCCUCGAGGCUACAAAGGCACGCGGGUGUCUGGUGUCGGCAUCGACUACGCCCGGGCCAGCAAACAGGUCUGCAAUGAUAUCGAUGAAUGCAACGAUGGGAACAACGGUGGCUGCGACCCAAACUCCAUCUGCACCAAUACGGCGGGCUCUUUCAAGUGUGGUCCCUGUCGCCUGGGCUUCCUGGGCAACCAGAGCCAGGGCUGCCUCCCAGCCCGGACCUGCCACAGCCCAGCCCACAGCCCCUGCCACAUCCACGCGCACUGUCUCUUUGAACGCAACGGUGCAGUGUCCUGCUCGUGUAACGUGGGCUGGGCUGGGAACGGGAACGUGUGUGGGCCCGACACAGACAUCGACGGCUACCCGGACCAGGCGCUGCCCUGCAUGGACAACAACAAGCACUGCAAACAGGACAACUGCCUUUUGACACCAAACUCUGGGCAGGAAGAUGCUGAUAAUGACGGUGUGGGGGACCAGUGUGAUGACGACGCUGACGGGGACGGGAUCAAGAAUGUCGAGGACAACUGCCGGCUGUUCCCCAACAAGGACCAGCAAAAUUCAGACACAGAUUCAUUUGGUGACGCUUGUGACAACUGCCCCAACGUUCCCAACAAUGACCAGAAGGACACAGAUGGCAACGGGGAAGGGGAUGCCUGUGACAACGACGUGGAUGGGGACGGCAUCCCCAAUGGACUGGACAAUUGCCCUAAAGUCCCCAACCCCCUACAGACAGACAGGGAUGAAGAUGGGGUGGGAGAUGCCUGUGACAGCUGCCCUGAAAUGAGCAAUCCUACCCAGACAGAUGCAGACAGCGACCUGGUGGGGGACGUCUGUGACACCAAUGAAGACAGCGAUGGGGAUGGACAUCAGGACACCAAGGACAACUGCCCACAGCUCCCCAACAGCUCCCAGUUGGACUCAGACAACGAUGGACUUGGAGACGAGUGUGAUGGGGAUGAUGACAAUGAUGGUGUCCCAGAUUAUGUGCCUCCUGGUCCUGAUAACUGUCGCCUGGUCCCCAAUCCCAAUCAGAAGGACUCAGACGGCAAUGGCGUUGGUGACGUGUGUGAGGAUGACUUUGACAACGAUGCGGUGGACGACCCCCUGGACGUGUGCCCUGAAAGCGCGGAGGUGACCCUCACGGAUUUUCGGGCCUAUCAGACGGUCGUCCUGGAUCCCGAGGGGGAUGCUCAGAUCGACCCAAACUGGGUGGUGCUCAACCAGGGCAUGGAAAUCGUUCAGACCAUGAACAGUGACCCCGGCCUGGCAGUUGGAUAUACAGCCUUCAACGGUGUGGACUUUGAAGGCACCUUCCACGUGAACACAGUGACCGAUGACGACUACGCAGGCUUCCUCUUCAGCUACCAGGACAGCGGCCGUUUCUACGUGGUCAUGUGGAAACAGACGGAGCAGACCUACUGGCAGGCCACACCUUUCCGGGCUGUCGCCCAGCCCGGGCUGCAGCUCAAGGCAGUGACAUCAGUGUCUGGCCCAGGCGAGCACCUCCGGAAUGCCCUGUGGCAUACUGGCCACACCCCUGAUCAGGUACGACUGCUGUGGACUGACCCACGAAACGUGGGCUGGCGUGACAAGACCUCCUACCGCUGGCAGCUGCUGCACCGGCCUCAAGUUGGCUACAUUCGAGUGAAGCUCUAUGAGGGUCCCCAGCUAGUGGCAGAUUCCGGGGUGAUCAUUGACACAUCCAUGCGAGGGGGGCGUCUUGGUGUCUUCUGCUUCUCCCAAGAAAACAUCAUUUGGUCCAAUCUCCAGUACCGAUGCAACGACACAGUGCCCGAGGACUUUGAGCCAUUCCGGAGGCAGCUGCUCCACGGAAGAGUAUGAAGAGGUGGCUACCAGAUUCAGAAUCCUGAUUUUAGACCCUUUGGCCUUGGGGUCCUACCUGGAGGCCCCAGGGUCUAAUCUACAGCCCCUCAGCCAAACACAGACCCUCCUCUGGCACCCACCAGUUCAGCCCCGGAGGGGUGGUGACCCCACUGUUGAGAUGGGAAGUUUUCAAGGGGUGUUUCUCAGGCGCUAACCCCAGGAAAGAUAACAGCACAUUGCCAUAAAGCUCCAGUUUUCUAAGCCA